ACUCGGGCUCCAGCUGAGGAGAUGCCCCAGUGGGAUGUGGGGGGGCAGCCGUUGGGCAAGAUCCUCUCUCUGGACAGGAGAGAGGCCAAGAAAGUGCUGGAGAUUUAUGUCAAGCGCUCACUGAGCUGCCAUGAAAACUCACUGGUGGCCAAAAAAACCCCCCAGGAGAAAGACAGAGGGCGAGGGAGGAGAACAGAUGGGCUACAACGGUCAGAAAGUGAUUUCUGCACGUACUCAUGUGCCAAACCCAGCCCCAGGAAGGACCAGGAGGAGAGACUCAAAGCACCAGACCUGGAGGAGACUUUGGGUGAUGACGGCAAAGCUCCCCAGGAGGUGCCUAAAGAGGGGCUGAAAGCCAAGAGGAAAAGCACAAAAAACUCUUGCCAGGGCAAACCACAGCGCUCGGGUUCGAAACCAGCCUGGCUGAAAGGUUUCCUAAAUCUCUUCUUGAAGAAGAGCCCUGAGGAGCAGAAGGAGAACACAGGGCAAAAAGCAAAGGAGAAAGAUGUCAAAGCUCUUCAGGGCUCCAAACCAGAAGGAGCCAAAAAACACAGAGUGGACUCUGGCACGUCCCCAGCGUUGGGGAGAGCCCUGAAGAAGAAGCCCAGCCUCAAGAAGGUUUUCUCCCUGAAGAAGCACGGGGAGGAGGAGCGGGGAGAGCCGGGAUCCGGGCCGAGGGGCAAGCGCCCCAGCUGCCUUCCCCUGUGGCACGUCCUGGCCCCAGCCCAGCCAGCAGAGGCAGAGCAGCCCGAUGGAUGCUACACCCAGGUGUCCCAGGAGGUCGUGCAGGGCAGCGAGAGCCGGGGGGACACAGCAGGAGGGUGUGGGGAGCCCCCAGAGCCCCCCAGCACCGACGGGAUUGAUGAAGCCAUCAAGAGAAUCGUUGCUGUGCUCCGGAGUGCAGGAGAUGAGCUGGACAGGGAGGUGAGAGAGCUGUGUCAGCACGAGGGUGGCACAGGGAGCCUUUCCCUCACCACGUGCACUCACCUGUCUCCCGUGCAGGUGAAGGAGGACGCGCGGCUGCAGCUGUUCUUCAGGGACAUGUCCUACAGCUCCUUCAAGAACCUGGCUGAUGCCUAUGUCCAGAGGGAGCUGACAGCCAGCAGGCCCAACAUCAACCCCCAGGAGAUCCAGUUUGCCUACACGGUCCAUCUCACGGCCACGGUGGCGGGGAUCUGCAGCCAGGCCGUGAACAGGAUCAUGGGCUUCGGCACCCGCUACCUGGAGGAUUCCUUUGCACCCUACGGCAAGAUCCUGCAGAAGAGAGAAAAGCUCAGGACAGACCACUGUGACAGCCCAGACUGACAGCAGGGCCUCUGGUGCCUGGGAAGCCAAGGAUGAACAGUUGUGGUGCAAGGACAAUCCCUGAUGGUGACCUGGAUGUGAGGUGACCUUCUGAGCUGAGGAUUUAAAAUCUUUUCAGGAGAACCAGCAGUGUGAAAUGCUCGAACCCCACCUGGCUGGGGGUGAAAAGUCAGUAAAUCAAACAGAGCCCACGUUUCACCCUGUAUUUGUAUUUUAGCUCCUGCCAAGGGCUUGUGUUGAACCUCAGGGGUUGCUGCUGUUUGUGCACAUGUAUUUAUUUACCUGCCUUUCUAAAUGUUUUUGUGAAUGUACAACAUAAUUUUUGUAGUUUCUGCUACCAGCCAAGAAUCCAGGUUGAAAAAAAAUCUAAAACUCAAAUAAAUUGGUGCCUAAAUGCCA